AUGUUGUUUCCUGCUGAGGAAUCUGCUGAAGCAACUAUCAGAGUGGCUGCAGAGAGGUUCAUCAACUCGAUGCGUGGGCUCAAGAAUCCCGAGAAAGUGUCCGACAAUCAGUAUGAACUCGCGCUCAAGUUCUUGAAGGAGUGCGACUCAGAGAGUUCCUCCACUGGCACUCCUAUACAACGACUGGCUUUCUACUUCUCAAGAGCCCUAUUUGAGAAGAUUGCUAAUGAGACUGGGAGAGUCAUAGUUAAAAGUUUCGACGGUGCAGAUCCUGUGGAAUCUGUGAUGUUUUGGAAAUCCAUUUUAGAUCAUGUAGAAAUCAACGGCAUGAUGCAUAUAAUCGACCUUGAGAUCAGGACCGGGAUCCAGUGGAUCAUCUUAAUGCAGGAUCUCGCCUCCCGGCCUGUCCAGCGCCUCAGGGUCACGGCUGUGGGGACGAGAUGUAGGCCAAUCAUAGAGGAGACGGGCUCCCAGUUGGCGUGUUUCGUUCGCUCGUUAAAUAUAGACUUUGCCUUCAAUGUGGUGAUGGUGGCUGCUGAUUUCUCUGACCUUAGUACAUCUUUGUUUGAUGCUUCUUCUUCUAAUGAGACUGUGGUUGUGUACUCGGCCUACGCUCUUGCGAAUCUCGUUGGGAGGGUGGAGCAGUUGGAUCAUCUGAUGAUGGUGUUGAGGGGUUUAAAACUUUGUGUUAUGAUCCUCACUGAGCUUGAGGCAAACUGCAACUCUCCGGCCUUUGUGGAGCGUUUUGUAGAGAGUUUGUUCUUCUUUGGUGUUUUUUUCGACUCGCUGGAGUGCUGUUUCAGGCAUGACGAGACGAGCAGGGUGGAGGCAGAGUCGUGCUGGUUCGGGUCGUGCAUUAGGAACGUCCUCGUGGCUGAUGGGGACGAGAGGAAGUUUAGGCAUAUGGGUAUAAGUGUGUGGAGGGCGUUUUUUGCUCGGUACGAGUUGGCGGAGAUGGAGCUGAGCGCGUUGGCAGUGAACAAGGCGUACCUUGGGCUGCAGAGGGUGGUGUGCGGGAGGUCGUGCACGUUGUAUAGGGAUGGGAAGUGCUCGAGUGUUGGUUGGAAGGGCACACCUCUUAGCUCUGUCUCAACUUGGAGAUUUUGA